UCAGUGGUGCUUUGCUGUCAAUACAAUUUGCCUCAUCGGGUUUACCACGGUCUUCUAGAUCAACCUCAGCAAGUAAAUUAUCACGUUUAAAUGUGCUACUUUCUCUCAUUGUGCGCUUUAUGGAUUACAUAACAUUGGGACUGGUGUUACAACUUUGAGAACAGAAACUCUCGUAGAGGAGUAGUGCACUUUUGGUUUCCUUUCACACCGGGUAAUGGAGGCGUUCUGAUUCUGGUUCAGGCCGUCAUGAACUUAAAGUUAUCGGGCUCAGACAAUAUUUCCUCAUACAUGGCUGCUAUCUCCUGCCUAAAAUCUAAAGCUUUAUCUAUUCUUUUGCAACUCUGUGAAACUGAAAGUGUAUCAUACCUGGAUGAGGUGGCCAGCAACACAACAACUCAAAAUAUGGCAAAGUCUGUUGGACUUGAGGUUCUUGCAUUGCUGGUAAAAGCUUGGAAUAGAUUCAAGACAGGUACUGGCUGCAGUCAUUACGGUAGGUGCUUCUAGAGAGCCUGAAAUCCUAGCUGAAAUAAGAGAUGCUGUUUUUUCUUUCAUUCGUAAAAUGGAGCCCAGAAGAGUGAUGGAUACGAUGCUUGUCUCUCGUGUUAGGAUUUUCUAUAUAAUGUCCCGGCUUGCUCGAUCACCGGAGCUACAAUCAAUUAAGGUUUCUCCAGUUGAGCGCUGGAAGAUCUCUAGUUCGUUACGAUUCUAGUUCAAGGAAUAUGCUGGUUGGGGACCGAAUUCAAGGGUUCAAAGUAAAUAUAAAACCAGAGAAGAAGUCAAAGUUGUCAUCAGUAGUUCUGAAGAUACGUGGAAUUGAUCAGGAGCAACUGGUCAGCUGGAACUUCUCUCUACAGCAAUAAUGGAUGGUUGGAUGGCUGGACUUGGUGCUGCCCAGCCUCCGACUACCGAUGCUCUUGGACAGUUGUUAUCUGAAUAUGCCAGAUGUCUUUAUACUUCACAGCUGCAACAUUUGAAGGAUAUUGCUGGUACUUUGGCGACUGAAGCAGCGGAAGACUUUGCUCAAGUAGCUAAGCUACGUUCAGCUCUUGAAUCUGUUGAUCACAAGAGAAGAAAGAUUUUACAACAAAUGAAAAACGACGCAGAGAUGUUAAAUUUAGAAAGUGGCGCUGCACCUAUUCGGAGUCCUUCCACUUCUGCUGAAGAUGCAAGGCUAGUGUCGUUAAUCUCCCUCGACAGCAUACUGAAGCAAGUCAAGUUUGCAGGACUUGCAUCUAAAAAAGAAAUCGUGGGCCUUGGAAACUGGUUGAUGACUCAAUUAGUGUCAAGAAUGGAAAUUGCAGCUUGUUGCCACUAUGUGAUGCUUUGGGGAAGCUUGCAAAUUCAAGAGUUUGUUCCUUCCUAGGUUAUUGGUUAAUGUUAUUGUUUUGAAUUUUAGUCUAACCUUGGAUUUAUGACAUUCCCAUGUUUUCCUUCGAGAGUAAGGUAUUAGAGCAGUUUCUGGACCGUCUCAUUGAGUAGUACUGCUCCAGUUUAGUUUUGACCACCUCACUAUUUAUUCCAGCGAGUUGAAGGGUAUAAAGCUGCAACCAAUAUUUGCUUCAAUAUUCAA